UAAUUCUUGUCGGCGGCUUCGGCACGCGUCUCCGCCCUCUUGUACGUUCAUCGACCGGACCGACGCCCACGACUCCCCGCACCGAUCACCGUUCUCGACAGUGUUGAGCUUUAACGAGGAGGCAUGGCUAACGCUAGCCUCACAGACUUUGACACUGCCGAAGCCCCUGGUCGAGUUCGGGAACAAGCGCAUGAUCCUGCACCAAAUCGAGGCGCUCGCCGCCGCUGGUGUUACCGACAUUGUCUUGGCUGUGAACUACCGCCCCGAGAUUAUGGAGAAGUACCUGGCCGAGUACGAGGAACAGUUCGGCAUCAACAUCACCAUCUCCAUCGAGAGCGAACCCCUUGGCACGGCCGGCCCCCUGAAACUCGCCGAGGCGGUUCUGAGCAAGGACGACACUCCGUUCUUCGUGCUCAACUCGGACAUUACUUGCGAAUACCCCUUCAAGGAGCUCGCGGCAUUCCACAAGUCCCACGGUGACGAGGGCACCAUCGUCGUGACCAAGGUGGAGGAACCGUCAAAGUACGGUGUCAUUGUCCACAAGCCCAGCCACCCCUCGCGCAUCGACCGCUUCGUCGAGAAGCCCGUCGAAUUUGUCGGCAACCGUAUCAAUGCCGGCAUCUACAUCUUCAACACCACCGUGUUGGAUCGCAUCGAGUUGCGGCCCACCUCGAUCGAGCAGGAGACCUUCCCGGCGAUGGCCGCAGACGGUCAACUGCACUCCUUUGACCUGGAGGGUUUCUGGAUGGACGUUGGUCAGCCCAAGGACUUCUUGACUGGCACCUGCCUCUAUCUUUCUUCCCUUACGAAGAAGGGUUCCAAGCUGCUGGCGCCAUCCAGCGAGCCGUAUGUAUACGGUGGCAAUGUUCUAAUCGACCCCUCUGCCAAGAUUGGGAAGAACUGCAGGAUAGGGCCGAACGUGACUAUCGGCCCCGAUGUUGUGGUGGGCGACGGCGUUCGGCUGCAGCGCUGCGUGCUGAUGGCCGGAUCCAAGGUCAAGGACCACGCCUGGAUCAAGAGCACCAUCGUCGGCUGGAACAGCUCGGUGGGCAGGUGGGCGCGUCUCGAGAACGUGACGGUCCUGGGCGACGACGUUACUAUCGGCGACGAGAUCUACGUCAACGGCGGCAGCGUCCUGCCGCACAAGACCAUCAAGGCCAACGUCGACGUGCCCGCCAUUAUCAUGUAAGCCGAGCUACGAACGGUUUACGAAUCUGGCCUCGGGCUUCCCCAUCUCAACUUCAUCUUUUUCGUAAUUCGAGAUACAUUACGCCUUUUAAAUCUCCUUCACAAAAAGCCCCUUACCUUAAUACCAGAACGGAGACGGAGCGCGGCAUCACCUCAAAAGGCCACCAUCGUCUUCCACCGGAACAAAAAG